AUGGAGAAAUUACUAAAAGAUGUCAAGUUCGAGAUUCAAGUAGUGGUUAAAAUGAAAAAAGACAUCAGGGUUGGGUUUAUUGGUGAAAAUUCCUAUCAAGCUCAACGGGAAGAUGUUUGCCUAUCAUCUACAAGAGUAGCUUGGGAAUUUUACCACACAGCUAGAGAUGCUGUACUCCUUUAUGAAGUAGUUGUCCCUGUCAAGCUAGAGAGGCAGCUCAAUGGCAUUAAUCAAGUAGCUGUUCUGCUGCAUAAUGACUGUCUUUAUCUCUCCCAGGAGAUACUAGGGUUUGCAUUUGAGUAUCGAACAGACUUUCCAAGUUCCAUUAAGGAGCAUGCUGUGUUUGUUGAUUUGGCUCCAAGGUUUCAGCUGUUGGCAGAAGAAAUACUGCAGAGACAAGUUCACCUUGUUAUUUAUAAUUUGAAAGAGGCUAUAGAUGGUGCUGAUGGAUUUCAGAAUACGCAUCAGAUGAAACAAUUUGAGUCAGCUAAAUUUAGCAUAGACCAGGUUGUUUUCAUCCUGGAAAAAGUACAUAUCAUAUGGGAGCCACUUUUGCUGCCGUCAACUUACAGGAAAAGCAUGUGUACAGUCUUAGAAUCAGUUUUCUCAAGAAUUGCCAGAGAUAUACUUCUGCUAGACGACAUAGCUGCAGAGGAGACUUUACAGCUACAAAGACUUAUUCAAUUAAUGCUGGAAAACCUAUUAUCAUUAUUUGAAUCUUUGGCCCCUGGAGAGCAGAAUUUACACGAGUUCCCUGCACAGUCUCUUGAAGAUUCAAUCCCAUCCUUACGUAAAAUCCAGAAACUGUCAGAAUUAUUAGAUAUGCCUUUAAAAUCCAUUACAGCAUCAUGGGAGAAUAAAGAAUUACUCUCUUGUGGCUUUACAAUAACUGAGGUGGGAGAUUUCAUAAAAGCUAUAUUUACGGAUUCACCUUUAAGAAAAGAUUGUUUAAUGAGGAUACAAAAUGCGAGCUUUUAG